AAUUUUUUUUUACUCUAUUAUGACUCAUAAUUAUUUAUGUAUAUAUUUAUAACGAGAGAGAGAUGAGAGAGAGAGAGAGUGCUAGGGUUAGAGCAAGGUUUUCGACGGCCAAGGACAGUGGGGCUUGGAGGUGGCUUCUAGGGUUUGGUAAGGGGCUCUUAGAGCAGGCUACAACGUUCUUCUUCUAUGAUUUUCCAGAGGAUCGUUUAGCGAAGGAUUUGUGGUUCUGUUUUUGGUCAUAUGGGAAGGUGGUGGAUGUGUUCAUUCCCACAAGGCGUGAUCGAAGAGGUCGUCAGUUUGGGUUUGUUCGUAUGUCGAGUGCCUUUGAUGUUAAGGACAUGGAGAGGAGACUAAACCAGAUCUGGCUGGACUCCUAUUGUCUUAAAGUGAAGUUGGCAGAGAAUAUGAAAAAAGGGAAGGAUGAGACCAGGGUGGCUCAAAACAGAAGGGAAGAGAAACAAUGGGUUAGAAGGGAUAGGAAGGUGAGUCCAAGGAGGUCUUAUGCACAGGCUGUCGCUGCUAAUCUGGGUGUAAUUGUGGAUGGCCUGUCCUCAAACAAUGGGGUUAGACAAUUGAUGGCAAUGAGAGGGAUGGAGGAAAUCGUGGAUGCGGUUCCACUGGAGGGUUUAUCGUUGAAGGCUUCUGCAGUGGUGCCUAAAACAACUCCAGAAAAGAUUACUGUGCCAUUGAUAACAGAGGGGGUAGCUGGGGCAACGUCUCCUAUGCACGGUGAUUUGGUUUUAGAAUUCAAUCCUAGAGAUGAGGAAGUGGCAUGGUUGAACAGAAGUAUGGUGGCUGUGGUUCGAUCUCUAGAUAUGGUCGGAAGCAAAGCUUAUCCGAUUGAAGUGGCAGAAGAGGAGUGGAGGAUGGACCCCGAUUGGUGGCUGGCCGGCGAACGGCGGAAUCCAAUCUCUGAAUCAAAUUUCAAAUAUUCGAGUGAUGAUGGCAGUGAAUCUGACUUGAUUGCUACCGGAUUUCGCGGCGAAGAUGAAGCACUGAAAGCCGAUCUUCAAGUUGUAACAGGAAGUGAGUCUUUUGAAAAUUUUGAAAUUAAUGGGAUGGAGAUAUGUGGGCUGGAUGGGGCAGACUUAGUUGGGCCAGAGGGGGAAGACUUAUUUGGGCCGGAGGGGGUAGAUUUAGUUGGGCUGGCAGCAAUGAAGAAUGGUGAACAACGAGCUGCAGGUGGGUCUUGUAGUGGGCUUAUGGCAAGUGAUGACUUGCUUCAGCAACAAGAGGUAAAACAAAAAAAGAAGACCAGAGCUUUGGGGGCCAUAUAUGCGGAGGAUGAGGGAAUCGGGGCUAUAGUGGAUGGGAAGGAGAAAUUAAGGGCAGUGGAGGCGAGUUGGGUAACAGCAAGAACAAAAAGUAUGAGGGAUCGAAGAAGCAAGGCAAGCCGAGAGGAAUCAAGGUUGGAGGUGCAGACGGUUGGCUACGCUGGAAGAGGGAGAAGAGGCCAAUUUCAAGGUGACAUAACAUGGUGGAUCUGUAUUGCCAAAGUUGAAGGUCAUGGUUUCAUUGGGAUUUCGGCGGAGUGGGGUAAGCAACAGCUUCAAUGUACUUUUGUUAAUGUGUAUGCACCUUGUGAAAGGCAAAGCAGAGUUGUGUUGUGGGGGGAAUUGAGCAAAUUAGUAUUGGAAGAGGGUGGGAGAUGGCUUUUGGCAGGGGAUUUCAAUGCUAUUCGUAAUAGUGUAGAGAGAGAAAGGAAGGAUGGACCUGAUGGAACUUCAAUGAGUAGACUUGAUAGGUUCUUGCUAUCCAUUGAAAUGAGCUUAAUAGAGGGAGAUUGGAUUCAAGAGGUCAUUCGAAGGUUGUUUGGCAAUGUGAAGAUCCGAUCUGACAACUUGAGAAAGGAGAUUGAGAGGCUGGAUAAAAAAUGUGAAGUGGAAGGGUUGAAUGAGAUCGAGGUGAAGCUACGAAAGGAGUCUUUUCAAGAGCUGUGGGAUACAUUACAGAAGCGGGAAUCAGUGUGGAAACAAAAAUCACGAGUUAAUUGGGCUCAUCUUGGGGAUGCAAAUACAGCAUUCUUUCAUAGGAGUGUGCACGCUCGGAGGGCUCAAAAUGCAAUUUCAAGUAUCUACAGUGACGAAGGUUGGGUUGAGGAACCUGAGCUUGUUAAGGCGACGGCAGUGAAGUACUUCUCCAAGGUAUUGGUCAAGGUAUUGGCCAAUCGGUUGAAGAUGAUAAUGGAGGGUAUUAUCAGUGAGUCGCAGGCAGCUUUUAUUGGAGGUCGGCAAUUGGUUGACAGUGUGUUAGUUUUGAAUGAGGCCAUGCAUGAGGGCUUUCUUGAUUGGAUGAUGAAUAGAAUGGGGUUUGGGAUGAAGUGGAGGAAGUGGAUGUGGGAGUGUCUUUCAACUACUAGAAUUUCCAUUUUAAUAAAUGGAAGCCCGACAACUGAGUUUCCAGUUAGCAAUGGUCUUCGCCAAGGUGAUCCUUUGUCACCUUUUUUGUUUUUGUUAGUUGCUGAAGGUUUGAGUGGGCUUGUUAAAAAAGCGGAGGCUGAAGGACUCUUGAAGGGUGUGGAGAUUAGAAGGGGAGGUAUGAUGUUAUCGCUAUUACAGUUUGCGGAUGACACUGUGUUUAUGGGGAAGGCUGAUGUUGAUAAUUUACGAGUUGUGAAGGCUAUUCUGAAUUGGUUUCAAUUGAUCUCAGGGUUGAAGAUUAACUUUGGGAAGAGCUAUUUGUAUGGCUUUAAUGUGUCGGAAGGAUGGGAAAAAGAUUUUUGGCAUGAUAAAUGGGUGGGGGAUAAACCAUUGAAGAAUAUAUUUCCUCGGUUGUAUGCAUUAGCUAAUAGUAGGGAGGGACGGUUAAAGGAUAUGGGGUAUUGGAGUGCUGAAAAUUGGAUAUGGGAUUGUAGGUGGAGGCGAGGUUGUGUAGGGAGGGGAGUGGGGGAGGAAGAACAGUUUAGGGAGUUGAUUAAUAAGGUCAAGUUGCAUAGGGGAGAAGUUGAUUCUUGGAGAUGGAUCCAUAGUGGUGAUAGUGUAUAUUCGGCAAAGAAGGCUUAUGAUUUUUUAUCACCGAAAUGUUUUAUUUUGGAUGAGAAAUGGUCUAGGGUCAUCUGGGAGGGGAAUGUUUGUUGUGGGCUUUGCCAUGAGGGUGUUGAGCAACUCCAGCAUAUCUUUUGUGAUUGUAAAGAAGUUUGGCUGGUUUGGAUGAAGGUUUUGGGUUGGUGGGGUGUACAGAGUGUUCUGCCAAAAGAUAUCUUUGGAUUGGCGGAUGCUGUGGUGGCGGGAAUCAACGGGGGGAGUUGGACGGAUUUAGGACCUCUUAUUUUUUUGGUUACUGCUUGGAACAAGGCUGCGGUUUCUCCUAUACAGAUUGGAUUUUACGACUGUUGGAGUGCAAGAAGGCCAUUGUUCAACAUGGCAGGAAUCUAAAGAAUUAUAAGAAGAUGUAUCAAGUGCUGAACCAGGGGGAAUUAUGAGGAUAGAGCUCCGGUUCAGUGUGCUGCGUUUAUGCUAUUGAAAGACCCGUUGGAGAUGUGUAAUGUGAUGUUGUAAAGGAUUUCACUUGGCAUUGCUGCAAGGGAUUUCUAUUGGCCUAAUCUGUCAUCUUCUUAAUGGGUGUUCUUCAGGUCUUGUGAUAUAUGGUGUGUUAGUUAUAUGUUUGUAGGGAGUGUGUUGGUUUAAUUUCUCUUUUAUUUUUGUAAGUGGGUAGGAGUACCCCUUGUAGUCCAUUUAAUAAAUUUCUUUUUGCUGA